CCAAGCACAGCCGGCCACUAGGAGAGUUUCUGCCACUGCCCCGGAGCCACUUAGGCCAGCUUUGCUUGCGCCGCUGCCCCGCGGCAGGAGAGGAGGCUGCUGCAGAGCAGAGGCGGAGAGCCUGCGUGAGGCGAGCAGCCAGCGGCGCUGCCGAGGCACGCACCCUCCCGUGGUCCCGGAGCCAGCCACGCGAACUCGGUGCCCGCACGCGCCAGCGCCGGCUCGAGCCUUUCUGGGAGUCCCGGGUGCCCGGCCUCUCCCCCCACGCGCAGGCUCUUCGGGGAGGUUGUGGACCGAGUUGCAACAUGAAUCUGCGGCUCUGCGUGCAGGCGCUGCUGCUGCUCUGGCUCUCCUUGACUGCGGUGUGUGGAGUGCCACUAAUGCAGCCUUCAGAUGGGAAGGGGCUAGAAGAAGGCAACACGCGCUACCUGGUGCAGCCCAGAGCUUCGAGGACUGGACCGUGGCAGGGAGGCAGGAGGAAAUUCCGCAGGCAGCGUCCCCGGCUCUCCCAUAAGGGCCCCAUGCCUUUCUGAAUCAGGAUUGAAGAGCUUUCCAAGUGUCGAACGGGUGCCAUUCUCUCUACUCCACAGAUUCUUCUAGUUUCUGGAACCCUCACAUCCAUUUGGCUCUCAUCUUGCACCUGUUAUGGCUGCUGAUGGUCCUCCCACCCACCAAGUUCCUCUAAUGGCGUGGUCCUACCCCUCAUUUGGAUGAUUGCAUUUCUCUCACAAGGAUCCAUUUGGCCCAUCUUCCUGGCCACUCCUUGGACUACCACUGGGGGCCCAUCUUCUCCUCGACCUGCUCCAUGUUCUAGUCCCCAUCUAUUGGCCUUAGCAUUCACUUGACCCUUCUCUCUUCUCGUUAUCUUGGGAACUGGACAGAAACACUCCCUUCUUCAAUGGAUCCCUGCACAUUCAUUCUUUCUUGUCAAUUGGACUUCACACUUAGAAGGGAGUACAGAGGUGUGCAAUGAGAGACUUUGGAUGAGUGGGAUUGGGUGUUGGGAUGCAGAGAAAGUGUAUUGGGGACACUGAACUGUGGGCAUGGUAAAGGGGUGAGAAGGCAUUGCUGCCACGACUUCUUCCUUAGCUCUUGCUGGCCCUGUUAAGAAGAGGCAAAGGAGAGGGGCCCAUGAAGUAUUUUGUCACCAUGUCUUCUAACAUCCUUGUCCUCUUUAUUGCAGCCAGUUCAGUCUCCAGGUCAGAAGGGGAGAGUGCUGAGCCUGACAUGGUUCUAUACUCUCAUGGGAGUAAAAGCGAACUAAGCACGAUACUUGUUUUUGCCAAAAAAAUAAAAUAAAAAAUAAAAACUACAGAAAGUCAGAGCCCAAAGGACCUUGCUUCCUUAUGCAAAAGCUUGCACAAACAGAGGCCCUGGAGAGGGAAGUAACCUGCUCAGAGCCACUGCAGAGUCUCAGUGGGGACCAGGUCUCCCAGCUCCCACUUUAUGAUGUCCUUUUUCCUCUUGAUGAUGUCCUUUCAAGGCAUAUGAAGUGCCUUUUUCUGGGUUUAAUGCAAAGGGUAGCCAGGAAGGAUGGGGAGGGAGAGGCAAGCCAGCUGUGAACUGCCCUGUGUGAGCAUGGAAUGUCCCCCUCCCAACCUGGCCUGAAAGACUCCAGAAAUGGCGAGAUGUACCCCCACACAGGCCAGGUCUCAGCCACAUGCCCGGGCUCAAGCUACUUUAAUUGGGAUUCUCAGGCACUGAAACUAUCAUUUAACCCCUUACACUGGUUGUCAUGAGCCCCUUUGUUGACUGGGUCAUGGUUCUUGUGGCUUUUGGGGGAACAUCAGAGGAUGGAGAAAGGGGAAAAAAAGGAAGGAGAGAAGGCAGAAAGGAGGAGAGAUGGGAGGGUAUGUGGGGGGCCCAUUAUCCCACCAGGAGGCCCUGUCUCUUGCCAGGAGCUUUUUGCAGUCCUUCCCUGAAGGGAGACCCUCAUCUUUUGCCGGAAUAGUUGCUCUUCUCAGAGGCCUCCCAGGAGGGAGAAAAGAGAAAGCAGAAGCUUAAUGUUCACUUACCUAUGUAUAGGGCAGGGGGAGUCAGGACCCCCGAGCCCCAUAGUAACCCAAGGAUUUCCUAUCCACCCCCUAAGCCUUUCCUUCCCAUCUGCUGCUGCUAAUGCUGCUGCUGCUACUACUGAUGCCGCUUCAGAGCCCAACCGGGACAUCUGGGCCAGGCAUGAGGCCCUUACCCCUUGAGCUUGAAGUGGGGGCUGGCUCAUGCCUGUUCUACUGCUGGUGCCCAUACCAGGGACCCGGCCAUCUUCCUCUUUGUCGUUCCUGCAUCUCCUGCCUGAUCAGCCUGCCAUGCCCAGCCCCACAGGGAAGGGGGAGAGAAGAGGACUACGGCUGAGAAAGCAGAGAUAGCAAAGGAGGACGGGAAGAAAUGGGCCUGGUGGGCUGUCUUAUUUAAAGUAGUUGUGUAUGAUUCUUAUACUAAUUUAUAUAAAGAUAUUAAGGCCGUUUUGAUUUAAAAAGAAAAAAAAAAACUGUCCCCUUAACGUAUUCACUAUGUUUGUAAAGCUUGUUCUGUGUAAAUAUGUCUUUAUAAUAAAGAGUUAAAAACUGACAAUUUGCCCUUACUCUUUGAGGUCAUAUUCAGGAGGGACAUUCCUUUCCCCCAAGGGCCAUGUUUGUCCCAGUGCCCACAGAUUGCACGUGUAGGGAGGUAAGGGCUUGCAUCCCAAAUUGGUUCUAGGUCAACUGGCCUCAAACGGAUUUGCCCCAAGCUCACAAAAGGACUCUAUAUUUAAGGGCCAGUUCACAUAAAUUUGAGCCCCUUUUAAGUCCUUUGGCAUCCGUUCCAAUGUCCUCAUUUUUCUGGCAGUGUCAUUUAAAGUUUUCUUUUUUUUUUUUUCAGAAGCAAUUCAUUUAAGGACAUACUGAUCAAAGGUGGGAUUUGUACUAAACGUUGGUUUGUAUCCCUGGUGGGUGUCUACUGUUUUAUCUGCUUUUGAAUACUUUCAGGACUUUUUAGCCAGUUUGCCUUUCUUGAAAAAUGUUGUUUUCAGCCAUAAAUAUAUUUGGUAAUGACUUUGUAUGCAUCAUUUUAUGUUUCACAAAGUGGAGUUGCUUGAUGAAUGAGAUAGCCUGAAAAAUAAAAUGCAAGGAGUUCA